AAUAAAAUAUUUCAGACGGAAGCAGAGGAAGAAGUUUUGAAUAAGAAACAUUCGAAAAAAACUGAAGCAAAAUACAAAGCAAGACAACGAUUUGCUAAAGUAGAACCUGCCUUGGAAGAACAGUUUUCAACAGGACGAGUCCUUGCUUGCAUAUCCAGUCGACCUGGACAGUGUGGAAGAGCUGACGGUUAUAUUCUAGAAGGUAAAGAACUAGAGUUCUACCUGAGAAAAAUUAAGAGCAAGAAAGCAAAAUAAAAAUGUUGGUUUUAAAUAAAGAAAUCUUCCAAUGAUAAAAUGUGUAAAAUAAUUUUUUUCUGUCCGAAUUUUGUGCUCUUUUAUAUAAUACUGAGUGUUAUUCUUGCAUAUAAUCUUUAGAAUAAACUUUGAAAUAUUUA